GUUCAACUAAGGAGUGGUGUGGUGCCUUGGAAACUUUAUCCAAGUUCGGGCAGGAGUAUCUGAUAAAGAUGGGGGAGCUAUAUACAAGAGCGGUUGAGUUUUAUGAUGAAAUUUGGGCAUUGAAAGAUCCUCGUGUUGAUGAUUGGUUUAUGAUGUCAUCACCGGUACCCAGCAUUGUGAUAUGUAUUGCUUAUGUUGUCUUCAUUAAGCUGGGUCCAACAAUUAUGAAAGACAGAAAACCAGUUGAGAUGAGAAAUAUUCUUCUUGUGUUCAAUUUUCUCAUGGUCGGCCUGUCCACAUACUGCUUUGUAGAGUUUGGUAUGGCUGGUUGGUUUACAGGGUAUACGUUUGGCUGUGAGGAGGUCGACUACUCAAACUCACCCAAGGCCAUGAGGAUGGUAAAUGUUUGUUGGUGGUUUUAUUUCUCCAAGUUUAUUGAACUUUUUGAUACAAUAUUUUUUGUUCUUCGGAAGAAGUUCAACCAAUGCUCUUUCUUACAUGUCUUCCAUCAUGCAAUAAUGCCAGCGUCUUGGUGGUUUGGUGUCCGUUUUGUAGCAGGUGGAUUUGGAACAUUUCAUUCUUUGUUGAACUCGUUUAUACACCUUAUGAUGUACACGUACUACUUCUUGGCAGCUCUGGGACCAAAAUAUCAGAAAUACCUCUGGUGGAAAAAGUACAUGACCAAAAUGCAAAUAAUACAGUUUCUCCUUGUGACGAUUCACUCUGUUCAGCUAUUGUAUAUGAGAGAUUGUAAUUACCCAAGGCUGUUUGCUUACUGGAUCCUGGCUUAUGCAGUUAUAUUCCUAGUGAUGUUUGCAAACUUUUAUGUUCAGGCGUAUAGAAAAAAACCAGCACAGGUAAAAGGCAGUGAAGAUCACCGGAACGGUAGUGUCUCGGCAAAUGGAGAGUCAUCAAGAAGACACGCAGCAAAACACCACAAGAAACAUUGAUGACACAGAUACUUAGUCUCUUACAGAUUUUAUUCAUACUACAAACUUUGCUGUGGACACUGCUCAAAUUUAUAGAAGAAAAAGUUGGUAAUUGAAAAAUAAUUUACUUCAUUUUCUAGGCAAGUAAGUUGUAAAAAAAACAACACAUAAUAGGAGAAUAACAGUGCCUUUGACAGGCAUUUUAAAAUGUAAAUAAAUAAAUGUUGAGAAAUAAACAGCCUUGGAGCAGUGUUUAUCACCAAAUUGUAGCUUUAAAUUCUAAUAAAAUACUGCACUCUGUGUUCUUAAAGGUAAAACAAUUUAGGUCGGGUUUUUUUUUGUUUUUUUUUUUCAGAUUUCUUAGUAAAUUUGACUCUAAUUUUGUAGAUAUUGAAAACAUACAAAUCACAAGACGAACAGGUUAUAACAAUAUUCAGAAUCAGUUGGAAGUAUCUCCAUGAAUUAGAACAUAUGAAAUGUGGAACAGUAAGGUGCAGUUUACAGCACACCUGAGCAAAAUUUGUUCUGCUGUCAACAGUUUACUGUUAACACAGUAGAGGUCACAAUUUUGGCAUAGGGUUCAUGAGACUUGGUCAUAAUAAAAUCGCUGACUACUUUGAUAUUAGGUCAUCUUUGGUCAAAAAUUAGGAAUAUUUGUCUUUUGAAAUUUUAAGUUGAGUUCUUGAAUCAUGGUCAUUUGUGCCUCUGUAACAUUGACCUUAUUUUUCCAUCUGUGCCCUGAAGGAUUGUCUCCGUGAAACCAAUGUUAAGUAAAAAAAAAAACUUCCUCAGGUAUUCUGGUGAGCGGUACAUGGCCUUUAUGGCUCUCAUGAUUUAAAGUUGUUUUACCCUUGUGUAUUAUUUUCUGUUUGGUUUUGUUCUUCUUACUGUUCAACCUCACAUAUCAGCUUGUAUUUUAGUCAUACUGUUAUCUUCACAUAUUACACUGUAUUUCAUAGCAAUAAUUUAUUCUUCAUUAAUUAUUCAUUCUCCAUGUCUGCUUUUUGUUCUUACUGCCCGGUUAAGGUUGUGCCAUUGCCACAGAACAACAACUGAAAAGUGGCCUUGAUUAACUAAAUGAGGCAUUUUAAGAAAAAUUGUAUUAGUUAUAGAAUUUAGGAACUGUUUAGUUUAAAAGAAAACAAUACCAUUGACUAAUAAAAUAUGAUAUUGAUCUGUCAAUGUCAGGGUAAUCAAAUAUAUGUAUUUUGUUUUGCAUGGCAUUUACCAUGAUUAUCAGUGAAUAUUUUGUUUGCACAAAACAAUUAUUUGUAUUGUCGAGCCUGCUAUAUCAGCUCGGCUUUAUCAUUAAAAUUUAUGUGCAUUAGAUAGAGGAUAUUGUUUAAGUGUAAGAUUGAAAUAUUUUUCACAAGUGAACACCAGAUGCAAUAUUUUCACAAGUGGCAGAGUCAGGAGUGACAAUGUAAGAUAUGAUGUUCAUGAGUGAAUGAUAUUUAGAUCUUGCAUGUGAAACAAAUAAAUUUUCUUUUUAUUUCAUGUUUUGAAUAAAUUAACCUAUUUUAUGGUUUCUUAGCAGUGAAAACUUUAUUUGAUAUUUUUCACUUUGAAAAUACCUGGUGAAUUUCACUCUAAUAUUUAGAUAAUUUACUGAAAAACAUGUGAUAAUAUUCGUGUCUGUCCUAUUUUUUCCAGAUAAUAACUUUGACAUGUAUGGAGCAGUCUGUUUUAUAUAUGGCAUAAAUGUUACAUUCAGUGAGAUGCAAUGUUGCUAGCAAACCACAGGUUCCCAUCUCAUAAAUCAAGGUCGCACUUAGGUUUUAAAGACUAAAGGUCUUGUCGGGUUUGUUCAAGCCAUAAAAGCAAUUUUUUUAUAUGGCACAAAUGUUUGCCUCAGUGAGACACAGUGUGCAGCUCAAACUCCAGGUUUCUAUCUCAGACGUCAAGGUCACGCUUAGGGGUUAAAGGCCAUUGUACAGAUUUUCUGGGUCGUGACUUUGACAUGCAUGGAGCAAUGUUAUUUUUAUUUAGCAUAAAUGUUUGCAUCAAUGAGAAAAAGUGUUUGAUACAAACCUCAGGCCGGUGUCUCAGAAGGUCAAAGUCACACUGAGUGGUCAAAUGUCAUGUAAGAUCUUGUCUAGGCUGUAACUUAGAGAUGCAUUGAGCUAUCUUUUUGUUAUUUGGCAGAAAUAGUUAUCUCAAUGAAACAGUAUUGCCAAAAGACACAGGUCCCUCUCUCAAAGGUUACGCUAAGUUGGUCAAAGGUCAUAUUAUAUCUUGUCAGUGCUGCAACUUUGACUUGUAAGGAGCUGUUAGUUUUAAUUGACUAAAACAUUUAAGGUUAUUAAGGUGUUGUGUCAACAAAUAAAGGGUUUCAUGUUGUUGCCCUUUAGGCGUGAACAUUCUAGUUUUUUUGUGCCAUACAGCACAUUGAAACAUUACUUAAUUAUAAUAUACAAGAUAAAUAUGUACAGGCAUUGAAAACAAGUCAUUCACAGAAUUUUUGGAACAAUGAAAUUUUCUCAAAACUCUUAAAAAUUUCUUUAAUAAUACAGUGAAGCAAGUGCAUUUAAAGGUGAGAAGCACUGUAAUAAUGAACAACUCACGGAAUGGUAUUUACACAUUAAUAUAAAUACUUUUUCUCGUCAUUUUGUUAUUUCCAUAUGUUAUAUGGAAAUACAGUUGUAUAUCAAACUAUGUGUAUAUGACAAAAUUGUUGCUGUACCUUUGAAGGAGCAGCCUUAAUUGUUGUUAUGUUGAUACACUUGUGGGAAAUUAGAUAUGAGCCGCGCCACGAGAAAACCAACAUAGUUCGUUUGCGAGCAGCAUGGAUCCAGACCAGCCUGCGCAUCCGCGCAAUGGUCAGGAUCCAUGCUGUUUGCUUUCAAAGUCUAUUGAAAUUAGAGAAACUGUUAGUGAACAGCAUGGAUCCUGACCAGACUGUGUGGAUGCGCAGGCUGGUCUGGAUCCAUGCUGGUUGCAAACCCACUAUGUUGGUUUUCUCAUGGCUCGGCUCAUUUAUAAAAUGACUGUUCCCUUGUUUAAGCAUAAACCGUUUUGUUUAUCAGCUCUGUUAUAUCUUUUAUAGAUUAUACAUGUACAUGUUUGAUACCUUGAUAUACCUGUGCCUUAUGUAGUAAUUAACUAGGAGAUGAUGAAGUAUUUUUUGUUCUAAAGACUAUCAGGUUGUUUGUUUUUUCAGGGGAAAUACAUUUAUGUGUUAAGAGUUAUACUGUAGAGCUAUUGACAGUCAAUAUUUAAGUUUUAUGUGAAGAAAGAAAACAUUCUGUUGCAGUUUUGAUGGUAAGAUUUAAAUCCUGGUAUAGAGUGAAACACAAUCGGGUUUCAAGAUUAUAAAACUUUAGUUUUGAGGUCAGUCUCAACCUAACCAAUGGUCAGUUUGAAUAUUGUGCCCAGAACAAUUAGUCAAAUAUAGAUUUUGAAACUGGUCUCAAGUUUAAAUCCUGUUGAGCUGGAAAGUAUUUCAAUAGGGGUUUCUACUAUGGUAAUAGCAAUAUGCAUUGUACUGGUACUUACAGUAAUAUGAAUAUUAUUUCAAUAAUUAAAUUGUCUUCAUUAAAGAUCUUGCCUGUAACAAUUUUAUAUGACAUACUUACUCCCUUUUUGCAAACUUUUUAGCUCACCUGUCACAAAGUGACAAGGUGAGCUUUUGUGAUCGCGCGGUGUCCGUCGUCCAUGCGUGCGUGUUCCAUAAACUCUUGCUUGUGACCACUCUAGAGGUCACAUUUUUCAUGGGAUCUUUAUGAAAGUUGGUCAGAAUGUUCAUCUUGAUGAUAUCUAGGUCAAGUUCGAAACUGGGUCACAUGUCUUCAAAAACUAGGUCAGUAGGUCUAAAAAUAGAAAAACCUUGUGACCUCCCUAGAGGCAAUAUAUUUCACAAGAUCUUCUUGCAAAUUGGUCAGAAUGUUCACCUUGAUGAUAUCUAGGUCAAGUUCGAAACUGGGUCACGUGCCAUCAAAAACUAGGUCAGUAGGUCUAAAAAUAGAAAAACCUUGUGACCUCCCUAGAGGCCAUAUAUUUCACAAGAUCUUCAUGAAAAUUAGUCAGAACGUUCAUCUUGAUGAUAUCUAGGUCAAGUUCGAAACUGGGUCACGUGCGGUCAGAAAUUAGGUCAGUAGAUCUAAAAAUAGAAAAACCUUGUGACCUCUCUAGAGGCCAUAUAUUUCAUGAGAUCUUCAUGAAAAUUGGUCAGAAUGUUUAUCUUGAUGAUGUCUAGGUCAAGUUCGAAAGUGGGUCAUGUGCCAUCAAAAACUAGGUCAGUAGUUCAAAUAAUAGAAAAACCUUGUGACCUCUCUAGAGGCCAUAUUUUUUAUGGGAUCUGUAUGAAAUUUGGUCUGAAUGUUCAUCUUGAUGAUAUCUAGGUCAAUUUUGAAAGUUGGUCAUGUGCCAUCAAAAACUAGGUCAGUAGGUCAAAUAAUAGAAAAACCUUGUGACCUCUCUAAAGGCCAUAUUUGUCAUGGGAUCUGUAUGAAAGUUGGUCUGAAUGUUCAUCUUGAUGAUAUCUAGGUCAAGUUCAAAACAGGGCCAUGUGCGGUCAAAAACUAGGUCAGUAGGUCUAAAAAUAGAAAAACCUUGUGACCUCUCUAGAGGCCAUACUUGUGAAUGGAUCUCCAUAAAAAUUGGUCAGAAUGUUCACCUUGAUGAUAUCUAGGUCAAGUUUGAAACUGGGUCAUGUGCCUUAAAAAACUAGGACAGUAGCUCAAAUAAUAAAAAAAACCUUGUGACCUUUCUAGAGGCCAUACUUUUCAUGGGAUCUGUAUGAAAGUUGGUCUGAAUGUUCAUCUUGAUGAUAUCUAGGUCAAGUUUGAAACUGGGUCAACUGCGGUCAAAAACUAGGUCAGUAGGUCUAAAAUUAUUAAAAUCUUUUGACCUCUCUAGAGGCCAUAUUUUUCAAUGGAUCUUCAUGAAAAUUGAUCUGAAUGUUCACCUUGAUGAUAUCUAGGCCAAUUUUGAAACUGGGUCACGUGCGUUCAAAAACUAGGCCAGUAGGUAUAAAAAUAGAAAAACCUUGUGACCUCUCUAGAGGCCAUAUUUUUCAUGAGAUUUUCAUGAAAAUUAGUGAGAAUGUUCACCUUGAUGAUAUCUAGGUAAAAUUCAAAACAGGGUCACGUACCUUUGAAAACUAGGUCAAUAGGUCAAAUAAUAGAAAAACCUUGUGACCUCUCUAGAGACCAUAUUUUUCAAUGGAUCUUCUUGAAAAUUGGUCAGAAUUUUUAUCUUGAUAAUAUCUAGGUCAAGUUCAAAACUGGGUCACAUGAGCUCAAAAACUAGGUCACUAUGUCAAAUAAUAGAAAAAACGACGUCAUACUCAAAACUGGGUCAUGUGGGAACAGGUGAGCGAUUCAGGACCAUCAUGGUCCUCUUGUUUAGAUUGAUUUUGGUGAAUGGUUCUGUACGAAGGAUUCUCUUUUCAUAAUUUUUUUUAAUGCUGUAUAUGUUUUACAUAGUUGCUAUUUAUUUGUUGGGCAUUGAGUGCAGAUCUUUAAACAAUGUUUAUUUGAAAAGUAGAAAGGCGGCUGUGAUUCUAUCAUAUGUUAAUUUAGAGAUUUACAAUUGUUAUGCAAAUUUCACAUUUUGAACUUUUUUCUUGUUACUUUAUAUAAGAUGUUAUACUUUUUGAUAGCAGAAUAAUUAUCUUUUUCUGUAUAAAACUGUGGACUUGUUUUAAAGGUGAUGUAUAUUUUCAUAAGAGACCUAGAGUAUAACUCGGGGGACAUACAGUUACUGUCUCGUCCAGACACCCCAGAGUCCUUGUCCAUAGAAAUCUUACUACAGUUUUCAAGAGAAUUGGCUGAAACUUACAAAAGCUAUAUCACCAAGAAGGAUUUUGAAUUAUGGCCCUUAGAGAUUUUACAAAAUAUUUUGUAUGGUAUAAUACCAGUGAAAGAUGCAAACUUUCAUAAAUUUAUUAUUACGAAGUGGAUUUUCCCAUAUUGUAAGGACAGACAUGUACCAAUACCUUUUAAGGAGUUAUGGCCUUUUUCAAAAUUUCACAAAUGUAUUUUAUUAUCCAGAUAACUCCUGUGGCAGUUUUCAAAGUAACAGUAAUGUAUUGCCAUAGAAUGAACAUAUGCAUAAUGUUGGUAUACAAGUGGUACAAGUAAGACAGAUAUGACCCUUUUGAAUAACUGCCAUAUCCAGAUGUAUUGCUUUUCCUUUUUUGGAACUUAUAGUGUAAAAUUUGUACACCUGCUUUCUUAUUAUGAAACAUAAAUAGUAUGUAGUGAUGAACACACAGUACAUUGUCUCUACACAGUCUAGUUAUUGUGGGACAGACAUACAGAGUAGUCAUCCUUGGAGACUAUGGACAUGUAGAUUUUGACUUUAAAGAGAUUGUGAAGACAGGAGAAGACAUUUGUCUGUGUUAACAAAGAGCUAUAAAAAUAAAUAGAUUGGCAACUUGAAAGGUAUAUAGAGCAAAUCUCGCCAACCUCCCGUGACAAAAGAACGAGAUCUCGUUUACCGGAAGUGGCGCUUUCUCCACGCGCCAUUCUGUAUGCGAAAGCAAUUAUUCAUCGGUAAAAUAAUUAUCACCAUAUGACCAGGCUUCUUUCGAUGGCAAAAAGAACAAAACAUGUACUUCGUGUCUUAAGACCAUUUCAAAUUAAACUAAUUUUGUUUUAGAAGCUAACAUGUAUUUUAAAUGUAGUUUUAAAGGUACAAAUUGUAACUCCAUGCUCGCCGAUGUUUGUUUUUAGUAAGAUAACGCCGAAUCACGCUCUGACACGAGCUCCCGCGAGAUUACAGCCAGUUGCCAUUCUGUGUAUUUUAUACUUCUUUGGUGUUAAGCAGUUCAUCUCAGAUAAAAGGGCAAGUACUUGAUGUCAACUUUCAAAUUUUCAAACAAUUCAUCCUGUCUGUAAAAUGGUCCUUUUUAUGCUCCGGCAUCUACUAAUGCGGGAGGCAUAUAAUGAUUGUCCUGUCCAUCCGUUCGUUCGUUCGUCCGUUUGUUCAUUCGUUCGUCUGUCCGGUUAACCAAAUGGGACCGUUUCGUCUAGCAUCAAUACCCCUUACUAGAAUGACUUGAUACUAAUGCAGAUGUAACCUGUGACCAUUCCUCAUCUUCACACAUCACCUGACCUCAGUUUGACCUUGACCUCAUUUUGGACUUAGGUUGCUUUAUAUGGGCCAUCUCUUGGUUAACCAAAUGGGACUGUUUCGUCUAGCAUCAAUACCCCUUACUAGAAUGACUUGAUACUAAUGCAGAUGUAACCUGUGACCAUUCCUCAUCUUCACACAUCACCUGACCUCAGUUUGACCUUGACCUCAUUUUGAACUUAAGUUGCUUUAUAUGGGCCAUCUCUUGGUUAACCAAAUGGGACCGUUUUGUCUAGCAUCAAUACCCCUUACUAGAAUGACUUGAUACUAAUGCAGAUGUAACCUGUGACCAUUCCUCAUCUUCACACAUCACCUGACCUCAGUUUGACCUCGUUUUGGACUUUGGUUGGUUUGUAUCAACAAGGAUGCCACCGGCAGCAUCAAGCGUUUAUUGAACACAGCUUCUUGUUUUAGGUCUGUGUGUCACAUAUUAUUGUCAGGCAAUUCAGCAGCUCAUCGAAACCUCUGCGUCACAUAUUGUCUGUCAACUCAGCAUCGGAGCAAAAACAGUUCACAAACUGCACAUCUGUCACAAAUUGUUGUGAAAUUCAACAACUUUGCAGAAAGGUUUCACACACUGGACCUUUGUCACAUAUUGUCAGUCAAUUCAGCAACACAGCCAAAAUGGUUCACACACUGGAACUCUGUGUCACACAUUGUCAUGCAGUUUAGCAACUCAUCAAAAAUAGUCAACACACUGGAACUCUGUGUCACACAUUGUCAUGCAGUUGAGCAACUCAUCAAAAAUAGUCCACACACUGCAACUCUGUGUCACACAUCAGGCAAUUGAGCAACUCAUCAAAAAUAGCCCAUACACUGGACCUCUGUGUCACUUACUCACGGGGAAUUCAGUCACUCUGCAGAAAUGAAAUGGUUUGUGCCCUUGACCUCUUUUUCACAUAUUGACAGUGAAGUUAAGCAAAUCUGAAAAGAAAGAUUCACACAAUCUCUGAGUCACAUCAUGAUUGUUGGGCAAUUCCGAAAAAAAAAAAGGUUCACACUGGACCACUGUGUGACAUGUUAUAUUGUUAUGCAAUACAUCCAAUCAUUGGGAUGGUUCACACCAUGCACCUUUGUGUGACAUGGUGGCAUACAUGUCAUCCUGUCAAUAGGAUGGUUCACAUUGUGUACUUUUGCGAUGCAUAUUGUUAAGCAAUUUAGCUAUUAUAUAUCAGAGUAUUAUAUAUUGUCAGGCAAUUCACCAGCAUGUAAAGAUAGAUCACUCAGUAGUACUGUGUGUUAUACUGUAAAUCAAAACAUUUGGAAGGGAUUUAUAUUCACUAUUUUUGCUAAAUGUCAGUAUUGCAAAAACAAAACCAUGUGAUACUGCUCUUAUUUAUUGUAUGUAAUAAGCUCUAUAUAUUUCACAAGAGGGUCACAUGUUUCAAAUGUUCUUCCAGGCUAAACAAUUCCGGUUUUUAAUACAGCAAACUUAUAGCUUUACCUGAUUUUGCAGUGUUGUCAGGCAAAAUUUCCUGUCAGACAAUUUCAUGGGUCCUUGACCUCUGUUUUCCAUGUUGUUGAGCAAUUCAUCCAGCUUCACUUGAAAGUAUUUUGUGUUAUAUGUUGUCAGGCAGAGUCAUAUAUUGUCAGGCAAUUCAUUGGUUCUGGACCUCUGGAUUACAUAUUGUUUUUCAGCAGUCUGCAAAGAUAGUUCACUUGGUAGUAAUCUGGUAAAGUUACAUGUUGUCAUCAGUAUUGAUUGUUUACACCCUUUACCUCAGUGUUUCUUGUUGUUAGAAUUCACAGUCAGUAUUGAUUGUUCUAUGAGUUACAUGUUCUAUGAUGUUAGGCAGUUCAGCCAGUCAGGUAAGAUGGUUUACACCAUUAACCACUGUUGUAAGGCAAUUAACCUUAAUCACUAAUCAGUAAAAACCUCUGUCACACAUGUUGUCAGGCAAGUUAAGCUAGUUGACAGGCAGUACAGCUUUUUAGCUCACCUGUCACAAAGUGACAAGGUGAGCUAUUUUGACCGCUUGAUGUGCGUCGUGCAUAGUGCAUCGUCCGUCAACAAUUUCUUAAAAAAUCUUCUUGAAAACCACUGGGCAGAAUUACACCGAACUUCACAGGAAUGACCCUUGGGUGGCACCCUUUCAAAAUUGUUUAAAGAAUUGAAUUUCUUGCAGAACUCUGGUUGCCAUGGCAACCGAAAGGAAAAAUCUUCUUGUCCAAAAACCACAGGGCCUAGGGCUUUGAUAUCUGGUGUGUAGCAUCAUCAAGUGGUCCUCUACCAAAAUUGUUCAAAUUAUCCCCCUAGGGUCAAAUAUGGCCCUGCCCCGGGGGUCACAUGGUUUAUAUAGACUUAUAUAGGGAAAACUUUGAAAAUCUUCUUGUACAAAACCACAUGGCCUAGGGCUUUGAUAUUUGGUAUGUAGCAUCAUCUAGUGGUCCUCUACCAAGAUUGUUCAAAUUAUCCCCUUAGGGUCAAAUAUGGCCCCGCCCCGGGGGUCCCAAGUUUUACAUAGACUUAUAUAGGAAAAAAAGUUUAAAAAUCUUCUUGUCUGAAAACACAACACUUAGACCUUUGAUAUUUGGUUUGUAGCAUUGUCUUAUGGUCCUUAACCAAAAUUGUUCAAAUUGUACCCCUUGGGUGAAAAGAGGCCCUGCCCUGGGGGUCCCAAGUUUUAUAUAGACUUGUAUAGGAAAAAGCUUUAAAAAUCUUCUUGUCUGAAACCAUACGACCUAGGCUUUUGAUAUUUGGUAUGAUGCAUUGUCUAGUAGUCCUUUACCAAAUUUGUUCAAAUUAUGGCCCUGGGGUUAAAAGAGGCCCCGCCCUGGGGUCACUUAGUUAUUAUGUGAGUUAUAUAGGAAAAAUACUUAAAAAAUCAUCUGAUCCUAUUUCCAAGACUGUUUAAUUAUAAUUACCUGAUGACCCCAAGUAAUAUGAAGUCACUUGACUGUGACCUUGACCUACUGACUUACUUUCUUGUUUUUUAAGAUACAGCCUUGAAAUUUUGAUGACAUACACAGUUUUGCACACAAAUCGUAAAACUGAAUUUCAUUGAUCAUGAAUGUGACCUACUGACUUUCUUAAUAUUUUAUCAUCAGUUUGACAUUUGAAACAUGUAGCUCAUAUUACUCAAGUGAGCGAUCCAGGGUCAUCAUGACCCUCUUGUUUACUAUCCACUUCUUCACAGUGUUGAUUAAACAGGCAUUUCAUUGAAUAUCCAAAUCAAAAUUAGGAUGGGUGUACAAGUUUGUUAAAAGUUAUGUAGACUGAGCCAAUGAUACAUUAGCUGGUCCAGACCCUAUGGUAUAUUAGCUGGUCCAGACCCUAUGGUACAUUAGCUGGUCCAGACCCUACGGUACAUUAGCUGGCCCAGACCCUAUGGUACAUUAGCUGGUCAAGUUGGCCAAGUGGGAUUAGCUCCAGACCAUCAAUAUAAAGGUUAAAAGUUUGAUCCCAAGGUUAGGCAGUCAUUUUACUAAUUGGUAGCUUAACAGAAGAUGCCUGUAGUUGUGUAAUGUUUACCCUUGAUUUUUAUAGCUGUUACAAGUUAAUAACAACCUGUGAGGUAGCCCAAAAAAACUAAAAGAAUGUUUGAAAACUUCAUUUAGCCAACGUCCAGCUGUUAUGAUAUUAUGUAAUUGAUUAAUUAUUUUAUGCUGCAACUGUCUGCACUUGCACUGCUGUACUAAUGCUUUAAAAACUGUGAGCACCUUUACAUUAUAUAUAUAUUUAUGGUAUGUACUAUAUUUAAUUUUAUCUUUUUGUAAUCUAUGAGCAAUGAUCAAUUAAAUGUUGAAUAAUUACUGAGGCUGAGAUAUAUGGUAAAACCCCUGCAUAUACCUGUAUGACAUCAUAACCUCUCUUAUUAUUUCAGAAAAGCUUGUUGACUGAGAUUUCCUUCUUGUUAGAGUAUAUGUAGCAUUUUAUUACACCCUCUCUCAAAAAUGAUUGGGUAAAUUGAUUUGCUGAUGGUGGUUUGUUGGUCAGUACACCAUUUGGGUUUUCCGAUCAGUAAGUAGAGGGUCAGAGGUGUAUGUCAAAGUGACCUUGAGACUUAGUUUUAACAGUUUCAGUUAAAUAACUGGAGAAUGCUUAAGCAUACAGUAAUGAAAAUUAAUAAAAUGAUUGGCUGUGGUCUGUAGAUGACCCUUACAGUAUAUGAGAUAAGUAGACAAAGGUCAUGGUCACAUUGCCCUUACGACCAAAAAUGGUUGAUGCUCUGUAUCUGGAGAAUGCUUUGUCCUACAGUGAGUGAAUGCCUGUGAUUCAGAGAUGACCCUAAAUGUUAAGAAGGUCAGUAGGUAGCUUAAAGGUCAAUAUCUCAAUUGAUACUGAAGCAUGUUUUUGCUCACUAAAUGGAGAAAGCAUUGGUGUACUGUACUCUUAACUUCACAGGAUGAUUGUCUGUGGUCAGUAGAAAGCACCCAAUUUUGGGGUUCAGUAGGGCAAAAGUCUAAUUCACUUUGAGACUAAAAUUGUUUCUAAUCAGUAGCUAUAGAAUGCUUGAUCCUAUCACCUUCAAACAUUAUAGCAAGAUUGUGGUCAGUAUGUGACACCUGUGAUUUUGGGGGUCAUGAGGUCAAAGGUCACAGCAUAUUUAAUAUUGAAAAUUACAUGUCAGUCACCUCCGUGGCCUUCAUGGGGGCAUAAUCAUGUGUUUACAAAUAGCUCUUGUUCCUUAUUGCAGUAAGAAAUAUGAAAAUUAAGGACCUAGCAGUUUUAGAAAGUUUAGCUGUAGGUGUGUGUGUGUAAAACCUAAAUUAGAAGUUUAGGUAGAUUUUCAGAAGACAUUGAUACUAGAGGUUGUCUACAUGAAAGUGUAUAUGUACAAAUGUUGAAAUCCAGUCCUCUAUUAUCUAGGUACAGAGUAUGCAUAAACAAUUAUUUGAUAACAUGUAUUGUACUUCUUUUGUAUCUAAGUUGAUUUUCCAAAGCUCUGCCAGUUAACUUUAUAAUGUAUACUCUAUCUGUUUGAAAUCAGUUCUGUAUUUUUUGUUAUUAAUAUUUUGUACAAUGUUAAUGACUUUAGUUUAUAUAAUUUGAUUUAGUUUUAUACAUGCUUUUAAAUAAA